UCGAGUUUCGGGAAACUCACGGACUACUUUCACCGACGCAAGUCCCGCGAGGAGCUCCGAGUGGGGCGGAGAGACUCACGACGGAGCGGCAGCUACUGCUGCACUGUGGCUGAAGCCAGGUCGCUGGAAAGGAAACUACAGAGACCCCUCCUGGCCAAGUCCCGCACCCUACCCAGCAUUCCGCAGUCCCCUACAGUGGCCAGGGUGCUCCACUCCGACCUGGUGGAUGGCAGUCCUCCCCGCAGAAUACAGCCCAGCACCAGCCACCCCAAAGCCUGCACACUGCCACCUGCAGGGGAGGCCUGGCGUUUGGAGGACGACGAGGAAGAGGAGGGCGAGGAGGAGUCGAGUCACCUGCGCGCGGAGGUGCGCCCGCGCUCCCAGUCGCCCUUCUCCCACUUCCGCUCGCGGGCCGCCUACCUGCGGAAGAGCGUCUCCGUGGACGACCACCUGGGAAUGGUGGAGUACAGCGCCAGGCCCCCGGAGGGCAAGAGCCGUCACCGCGGGAAGGGCAAGCUGAAGAGGAAGUUUAGCCUGGGGUCUGCUGAUAGGAAGGAGGCACAGCAGAAGAAGCCCGAGUCUGGCAUCUCCAAGUUUACCCAGCGCCUCUCGCUCAAGGACCGACAGGCCAAGCCCGAAAAGAACGCAUUGGACAGACCUCCAUCCUAUAGGAGGCGCUCUCUCAGUCUGGACUGGGCUGAGUCUUCCAAGAUGACCCAGCCAAUGCGUGAGCAUCCUCCGGCCCAGACCAGAAAGUCUGCCAGCCUCUCCUCGCCCAGUGCGGCUCGCCGCCUCUACCGCAACCUUUCAGGCAAGUUCCGCGUGGGAAACCCAGGCCUGGAGGACAGCGUGGUGUCAGGACGUGGAGACAAGGAGCGCCUGCGCAAGUCUGCCAUGUUCCAGAGCAACGAGGCCUUGUUCGAGGCGGUGGAGCACCAGGAGAUGGACCUGGUGCAGCUGCUGCUGUCCCAGUACAGCCUGGAGGAGCUGGAUCUCAACACGCCCAACAGCGAGGGCCUACUGCCGCUGGACAUCGCCAUAAUGACCAACAACGUCCCCAUGGCCAAGCUGCUGCUCCAGGCUGGGGCCAAGGAGAGCCCGCACUUCGUGAGUCUGGAGGGGCGGGCAGUGCACCUGGCCACGCUGGUGCGGGAGGCGGAGCAGCGGGUUACGGACCUGAUGGCGCAGGUGGCCAGCGAGGGGCCGGGCGACCGCGAGGCCUCUGACAGGGAGAGGCAGCUCAAGGCCUGGGAGUGGCGCCAUCGGCUCUUCAAGCGCAUGAAGACGGGAUUCGAGCACGCACGUCCACCCGACGCCCCAAGCAACGUCCGUCUGUCUGUCGGCAGCAACUCCAGCCUAAGGGUGAAUUUUCAAGAGCCCCUCUGUGUCAAUUCUGCUGUUGUCACAAGAUACAAGGUGUGCUGGAGCUGCAGCCCCUCUAUGUGUCCCCUGCUGGGGGAGAGCGUGGUAGAAGAUACCAGAACCCUGCAGUACACCAUCACUGGACUCACAUCGGGGACUCACUACUAUGUGCAGGUGUCUGCUUACAACAUGAAGGGAUGGGGACCUCCACAGACAUCUGUCCCGGCCUGUGCAGCCCCCUCCAGCUGGAGGGAGAUUGAUGGGCGUGAGCCACGGCAAAGGGGCCAGAAAGAGGCCCUGGACCAGCUGCUGGGACAGAUCAAAGAUGCCCACCGGCAUUGUGUGUGCCACGAGCAGUGCAAAGCACCAGCGCAUGUGAGAAAGCACUCAGUUUCCAAAAGCCUGCGACACCUUUUUCAGCCCACCAGCAAAUUUGUGAAAAGCUUGAAGAGGGGCCUGUACUUGACCUCAAUAUUGUACAGAGAUGACAACGUAUUGGUCACUCCUGAGGAUCAGAUUCCCAUUGUCGAAAUUGAGGACUCCUAUUCCAGCUCACUGAUGCAGGAUUUCCUGUGGUUCACCAAGGUGUCCUACCUGUGGGAGGAGAUCUCCUGGCUGCAGCAGUGUCUGAGCCCCUCGCAGUCCUCCUGCUCCUGCGCCCUGCAGACCCGCCUCAAAAUGCUGCAGGCCGUGUCCCAGCUUCAGGGCAUGCUGGGAACUCAGGACCUGGGGCGGGUGUACUACGAGCCGAUCAAAGACAAGCAUGGAAACGUGCUCCUGGUGACGCUGCGGGACCUGAGUUCCAGCCCCAGCCCGGACGGGGUGCGCUGGACCCAGCUGUGCAAGCUCCAGCUCCAGCGCAAGUCCAUCUCCUCUCCUGAGGAGCCCACUGCCCUGGAUAUGCUCCUCAUUACACUGCAUGAGAAGCUGGCCUACCAUCGGCGCAGCAGGAAGCAGCUCUCCCCAGGUCUGUACCUGGGCUACCUGAAGCUCUGCAGCUCCGUGGACCAGAUCAGGGUGCUGGUACCACAGAAGCUGCCCAAUGUACUCUGCCACGUCAAAGUCCGAGACAACAGCAAUGUCUCCAGAGAGGAGUGGCAGUGGCUGCAGGCCCUCAGUUGUCUAGAGGAGUCGCUGGAGAUGGACCAGGAUGUCCAGAGCGCUCCACACCGCCUCCUGCAGGACCUGCGCAGCGCCUGCAAGGAGCUCAUUGCCCACAUCAACAUCCCUGUCAGCCAGGCACAGGACUUCCGCAUCUACAGCCAGGAGGUGCUGGAGUUUGGGGAGAAGGUUUCCUUCCUGCUUCUGCUGCCCCCCUCAGACGACGUGUGCACCGCCCCUGGGCAGAACAACCCCUACUCUCCCCGGUCCGGCUUCCUUACAUUACCUCUGCAGGUCUUUGAGCUGGUUCACUUUGAUGCGUACUGCCAGAGCUUUAUUGGCCAGUACUGCCGCGUGUCGGCCCUGCUGGAGCUGGAGUCCCUCAUGUCCCAGCAGAACUUGAGAGAGGCCUUCUCCGAGUCUGAACUACUGGGGGCCAAGCAGAAGCACCAGCAAGUCCAGGAGCACAUACAGCAAAUGGAGGAGGUUUGGAGGGAAGCACGGUGGAUCAUGGAGGCCCUACAGUACGCCCGCUACAAGCAGCCCUCCGGAGGCAUCUCCGUCGGCUGGAUCAUCGACUUCUCCCGGGACGUGGUUCCAGAGAAGCCCCGCUCCACCUCCUCGCAGCUCGACUACCUCCCUUCCCCCCUGCCCUCACCAGAGACCAGCCGCAAGCACAAUUCUGAUUUCCAUGGGCUCUCUGAUGAAGAGGGCUCCUCCGAGGUCUUCCUCACCACAGACAGCGACUACGACUCCAGCCGCGCCCAGAGCCCGCGCGAGCUCGACCUGCUUCCCGCCUCGCCGUGCUCCUCGGUGGCCGAGCCGUGCGGCUUCCUCCGCGAGGGCACGGCCGGGGUGGGGCUGGGUGCCCUCAGGGACUCCACCCCGGAUGUGCUGCAGGCCUCGGAGCCCCCGCCGCCCGAGCCGGGGGAGCGGCGGCGUGCGGCCGAGCUCUUCGACAGCGACUUCAUCCUGCCCAGCCGGCAGAUCGAGCUGCUGCGCAUCACGGAGAAGAGGCAGGCCUUCUGCGUGCGCACCAGCAGCCUGGAGUUCCCCUCCGCCCAGCCCUCCCUGUCCCCCGCUGUGUCCCCGCACCGCCGCUGGCACCGGCCCUCCUCCGUCGACCGCUGCUGCCCCGCCGAGCACUGCCCCCACCCGCCCCCCGCCCGCACCCUCUCUGAGGACAGCGGCUCACAGCGCUUCCUGGAGCCCUCGCACGCCGCUCACAGGAGGGGCUGGCACGUCACUCUGAGGGUGUUUCCGCAAUACCGCACCGGCCUGCCCAAGGAGACCAGCGUCAAGCUGCGCGUGACACAGCGCACGUCGGCGCGGGAGAUGGUUCGCCUGGUGGUGCAGGAGAUGAACGAGGUGUCACAGCGGCUGCUGGGAAACCCCGAGCAGUUUGUGUACCCCGAGGACCAGCUGGAGCACUUUGGUCUGGUGCUGCUGCUGGAGGACAAGGAGAAGUGGCUCCAGGACGACUUUCGGCCCCUGGAGCUGCAGAACCCCUGGCUCAGAGGAAGGCUAUGCGUGCGGGUCAAGGAGUACUCGCCCCUGGCUCUGCAGUUCAGCAGGGCCACCACCGUGUGAGGAGGACUAGGGUGGUCCUCCGCCUUCCCACCACCCCCGCCUGCUCUCGCCAUUGCACGUCCUGCAGUUCCUGGUAGAGCGGGGUUUCCGGUCACGGAGCCGCACAGAAGGGCCAAAGGGAACCCAGGCAUUUCCCUGGCCCUCUCUCGAACAGAUUCUCAUUAGUCCUGUCACAUGUAUCACACAGACCAGCACAGUUGCUUGGUGCCAAGCAUCGUUUGCUUUGUAUCUGUUGUUCUUUACACGCUGCUGUGAGAUAUCCUGCUAAGUCCCUCCCUCUCGUAUGCUUCCUUUCGUUUUCUCAUCUGGACACCAAAUGGGGAAAAGAACACAAGUUUUCCAAGUAAAAGUUGGGACUGUUAAAAAGGACGUGAUUUUCCGAGUCAUUGCAAAGAAGACUGAAGUAAUGCCAUGUCGGCAUUGGUAAUAGCAUAUGACGAACACGUGUGUCACAACAACACAUGACAGGCAACCGACUGGCACCUACGCCGCAUAGCAAAGAUGCAUCUUUUCUGAUGAAAUCUUUUUCUGAUGGAAUUGGUGGAGAUUUUGGCCCCAGCUGGAGGUGCAGCGUACUGCAAAUCUCAUUGGCCACUGCAGCUUUCCCAAGGAGAACCUAGGCUGGCAUUGCUGCACGGGAUCGUGGCCCCGCCCCAGUCAGAGCCAUUGCUCACCCUCAGUGCAGGACAUCCCUCUGGCUCUGCGAUCAUUCUUCAGACCAGAGAGCCAGAACCGUUUCACACGUUUCACACGAAACACGUGCGAGACCCGAACAGCGAAAAGAGCGAGACAUGAAGGCCUUCGUGCCUGGUGAGCCGAUUGUCUCCCUGCUUCCCGAGUACAGAGAAAACAUGUGCUGGAGCUUCAGAGAACGUCUGAAGCUUUUUAAUACAUCGUCCGUUUCACAGAAUACAAAGACCUGAAAGUGACAAGAAUUGAGUCUUGUGUUGAACACAUACAAAGAGCAAACAGAACAAAAAAAGAGAAGCAAUACUCUUCUUCCGUAAAUAUUUUUUCUCAUAUGCUGAGAUUUCUUAAGGAGUUUGUAUUCUUCCAGAACUCUUUGAAGACUUUGACAGUGUACGAUGUCGUACUAAUCGUCAGUCUAGAACAGUGCUGUGCUUUGUGUCUUAUGGCCCGGUGGUAUUCAAGUUGCACCAGUUCGGAGUGAUUGUUACUUAUGUUUUGUUAUUCUAUCUGUGUACUUGCAUUAGUAGUACAAUGAAGUGAAAAGCUGGAGUCAAUCUCUCAUCACAGAGAUGGCUAGGACCUGAAAACCAGCCCACGGAGGGGCAAGCCUGUUUUGUUUAUUCUGACUUCCAAGAGCUUUGUGUUUACUUGUAUUGGUCCAAUAGGAAAUAAGUCUUAUGAACUGCUGAUGUUUUAUUUGUAAUAGAGGAGUCCUGGCACAGUUUUAUCCUUGCGUUAGCGCUUGGAUGUAUCCUUUUACACUCUCUUUGCCACAGCUUUUACAAGGGCAAACUGCAAAAACACGCACACACAAAAUGUACUUAGAGACCAAGAAUACAAUACUCAGUAUUGAGGGGAAACACAAUCUGUCAGAACUUUAUGUACAAAGAUAUAAUAAGUGAUGUUUUCUCUUGCUAACAUAACAGUUUCAUCGUUAUGUACAGCUAUUAAAUUGGUCCAGUGUGUGUUUCAGGGCUACAUGUACACAACAUAGGUCUAUCUGAGGUAUUUAACCUGAAGAGUCCUAAAAGAAUAAGGGCCCUUUUAAAUGAUAAACUGGCAGAAAAACUGGGGGAACUCAUGAAGGAGACAUAGUGUCAUUUUUAAAAAUCUAUUUUUAUUGAACAAUAAAUGAAUAUUAUAAAACUG